AUGCCCGACAUUUCUCUAUUUAUCACCAGCGACGCCACUUCUGGCGAGCGACGGCUUGACCCCAAUCUCACCCUCGUUGAGAUUACCCAGAAACUCGAAUCCGUCACCGGAAUCUCUCCUACAUCUCAAAAGCUCACUCUCUAUGGGGGACCUCAGCCCACAGUCAUCUACAACCCGGACGCCUCAGACGCCUCUAUUUCGGGGUCCAAGACGCUUGAGUCGUUCAACCCUCAGCAUCUAGCCCGAUUGCACGUGACCGACACGUCUGGAAAGAUCUCCGUGGCCGAGCUGGUCGGCGGAGGGCAGGAGGAUGUGGACAGCCGGUAUCAGAUGCCCCAGACGGAAUAUGAGAGCAAGUCCGACACUGUGCUGGACUGGAAGCGAAAGAACCAGCUUGGCAGAUUCGAUCCUAAUGCCAAAGACCGUCUCGACAAAGCUGUGGUCGAAGCUGAAGAGGCCAUUGAGGCCAAGGGUAUUAAGCUCGGACUCCGAUGUGAGAUCAACGGCAGUAAACGCGGAGUGGUGCGAUAUAUUGGCGAGAUUCCCGAAAUAACCGACUCUGGGGCGCCAUGGAUUGGCGUGGAACUGGACGAGCCUCUGGGAAAGAACGAUGGAAGUGUCAAGGGCAAGAGAUACUUCCAGUGCAAGGCCAAGUUUGGAAGCUUCGUCAAGCCCCAGGCCGUCGAAGUCGGAGACUUCCCUGAGGAGUUUGAUGAUGAAAUCUAG